CUCUGCAAGUCACACCCCACAGGCGCCCGGCAGGCGGGGAUCCAGUACCUAUCUCCUUGGCUCCCAGCCCAUCCCGUCCCGCACUAACGUUUCCCAGCUGUUGCGGGGCGCCAUGGACGCCGCAGCCCUGACCCCGGUCACGCAGCAGAUCAGCGGACGCGCCUCUCUGACUGCGGUCCCAACAGGUCCCGAUCGCGGGCAGCCGCUGGCCGCGGCAGUGGCCGAGCUGCCGGUGGUGGACGCGGCCGGGGUGCGGGUGCCCUUCGGAGAGCUGUUCCGGGAGCGCAGAGCCGUCGUGCUGUUCGUGCGGCAUUUCCUGUGUUAUGUAAGCAAGGAAUACGUAGAAGAUCUGGCUAAAGUUCCCAGGAGUGUCUUAGAAGAAGCAAAUAUCACUCUUAUAGUGAUUGGACAGUCAUCUUACCAUCAUAUUGAGCCAUUUUGCAAACUAACUGGUUAUUCUUAUGAAAUCUAUGUUGAUCCAGAGAGAGAAAUUUAUAAAAGAUUGGGAAUGAAAAGAGGUGAAGAAAUUGCAUCCUCAGGGAAAAGCCCCCAUAUAAAAUCAAAUAUACUGUCAGGAAGCAUUCGGAGCCUGUGGCGGGCAGUGACUGGCCCUCUCUUUGACUUUCAAGGAGAUCCAGCUCAGCAAGGCGGAACCCUCAUUUUAGGUCCAGGUAACAACAUCCAUUUUAUACACCGUGAUAGGAAUAGGUUGGAUCACAAACCCAUCAACUCCGUUUUACAGCUUGUAGGAAUACAGCAUAUAGACUUUACUAACAGAUCUUCAGUUAUCCACGUGUGACUAUAUAGACUCUGUUGCUUGAUGAUGGACCUCUGGAAUAUGAACUAGAAUGUUGGAAUGUGGUAUCUCUGUGCAUUGUCUAACUUGCUGGGAUCUUCCCAGUCUUUGAGGAGUCAUGAAACCACAAAAGACCAUUACCAGCUGAACUGCAUCUUGAGAGGCAUCAGUUAUCAAAAGUGUGAUCUAUGCUCAUGAUUUUAACAAAAGUAUUUUUCUUAAAUCAUAAUUUUUUAAGUAAAGGUUUAUUUCAUUUAUUUUUUAAGUAAAGGUUCAUUCUUGGAUAGAGACAGAGAGAGACUGGGAGGAAAGAGGAUGCUAGAGAGGGAGAGAAAGCUGUAGCACUGUUUCACCACCUGUGAAGCUCCCUCCCACCCCUACCCACCCAGCAGGCUGGGACCAUAGGCUUGAACCCAGGUCCUUAUACAUUGUAGUACAUGUGCUUUACUGGGUGCACCACCACUCAGCCCCCAAAAUCAUAAAUUCUUAUAAAGAGCAUAUAAGAGGAAGGUGAAGCAACUCAAAACCAUUUUAUCUAGUAAAAGAGGUAGAAUAUCAUAUUCUGUAAGUAGAUAAUCGUAUUUUUAUAUGUUCAUGUUUAUAGUUUUGUAUUCUUAGGAGAAAAAAAAAGGUAGGAACUAAGUAUACCAAAGUGUUAUCAGGUAUCAAUGUGAUAGAUUAUAUAUGGUUUUCUUUUCUUUUUCACACUUCUCUAAAUUAUCCUAUAGUGAUCAUUAUUCUGUUAUAGAAAUUAUUAUUCUAUUAUAGAACUUGAAUUAUUAUUCUAUAAUAGAAAUUAUUCUAUAGUGAUCAUGAUCUUUUGGGGGGGUCAGACAAGAAGAGGUGUUUUUAAAAAUCAUGUGAAGAGAGAGGCUGGAGAGACAACAUAAUGGUUAUGCAAAAGACUCAUACCUGAGGCUCUUGAGGUCCCAGCUUCAGUCCCCAGCACCACCAUAAGCCAGAGCUGAGCAGUGCUCUGGAUAUGCUCUUUCUCUCCCUCUCUCCUUCUGUCUCCUGAGUUCUGUCUCUAGCAUCACAUACAUCAGAGUGAUGCUUUAACUUAUACUUUCUCUCCUAUUAAUAAAUCAAUCUUUU